GAUAUGUUAAGCGUUUGAAUUUAGUUUAGAUUUAAAAACAUGGGACAAAUAAAUAUUAAUAAUCCACUGUAAAUCAAUCAAGUUAUGGUCUCCGCUGCUGUAUUCAAGUCCAACACAGACAGUAAGAGAAGAGUCACAAGAAACCGAAGCAAAUAAUGUCUCUCUCCUUCUCCUCUUCACUCCUCCCCUCCCCUCUCCCUCACAACAAAAACACCCCUAAACACAAAACCCAUCAACAACUGCAACAAAGCCAAAACCCUCUUCACACUCACAAACUUCUUCUCCGAUGUGCAUUUACCUCUGCUGCUACUGCACUACCUUCUUCAUCUUCUCCUAAAAAGAAGCAUUGGAAACAAGGUGAAUUCCCUGGAAUAACUGACACUUCAGUUCCCAGGAGAACCGCAAUAAAAAACAUCAAGAAGAAAUUAGACCGCAAGAACAAAGCCAAGGCUUGGGUCAAUACUGUAGCUGAAGCUUUAACUGAUUGCGUUCUCAAGAAACAAUGGCUCCAAGCACUUCAGAUGUUUGAGAUGCUAAAGGAACAACCUUUUUAUCAACCAAAGGAAGCUACAUACAUGAAACUCUUGGUACUCUUGGGGAGAUGUGGUCAGCCUCAACGUGCCCACCAAAUUUUCGACGAAAUGAUUGAAGAAGGAAUAGAACCCACAUCUGAAUUUUACACUGCGUUGCUUGCAGCUUAUUGUCGAAACAAUCUUAUCGAGGAGGGUUUCUCAAUUAUUAACCAGAUGAAGACUGUCCCUCGUUGCCAGCCUGAUGUUUACACUUACAGUACUUUACUUAAAGCUUGUGUUGAUGCUUCGAGAUUUGAGUUAAUUGACAUUUUGUAUCAAGAAAUGGAUGAAAGAUUGAUAAGUCCAAACACAGUCACGCAGAAUAUAGUUUUGAGCGGAUUUGGGAAGGUGGGGAUGUAUGAUCAGAUGGAGAGAGUGUUAUCUGGGAUGUUAGAGAGCAAGACAUGUAAACCAGAUGUUUGGACUAUGAAUAUAAUUCUUAGUGUGUUUGGUAAUAAGGGUCAUGUUGAUUUGAUGGAGAGAUGGUAUGAAAAGUUUAGAAAUUUUGGAAUUGAGCCAGAAACUCGCACUUUCAAUAUUUUGAUUGGUGCAUAUGGGAAGAAACGGAUGUAUGAUAACAUGUCAUCAGUGAUGGAAUACAUGCGCAAGCUUCAGUUUCCGUGGACGACUUCUACUUACAAUAAUGUUAUUGAGGCUUUUGCAGAUGUGGGGGAUGCAAAAAACAUGGAGUAUACAUUUGAUCAAAUGCGUGCAGAGGAUAUGAAAGCAGAUACAAAGACAUUCUGUUGCCUUAUUAAUGGAUAUGCCAAUGCGGGUCUAUUCCAUAAGGUCAUUAGCAGUGUCCAGUUGGCUGCAAAGUUUGAGAUACCGGAGAAUACAUCAUUGUAUAAGGCAGUUAUAUCUGCGUGUGCAAAGGCAGAUGAUUUGGUAGAGAUGGAGAGAGUUUUUAAGCAGAUGAAAGAUAAGCAAUGCCUCCCUGAUUCCAGAACCUACUCUAUCAUGGUUGAAGCAUAUAGAAAGGAAGGUAUGAAUGACAAGAUCUACUAUUUGGAGCAGGAGAAACAAAAGAUGAUUGCCAAUGGUGCUUUAAGUGAUUAGAUCAUCUUGUGGAAUCCAUGGUUGAUUGCUGACCAGAACGCUGCUACUUCUCACCUCUCAGCAAUGUGAAAUUUUCUCUGGGGAGUGGCUGAAAUGUUCUGCUCAGGCAUUUCUGUUCCUGAUUCCUGGGACAAUCAAAGCUUUUGUUUACUGGACGGGGGAAUAUCCUUUGUUCCCCCUUGGGCUGCAACAAACUCUUGUAAAUUGCUUCAGCAAUCCUCUAAGCAUAUGUAAGAUGAACAAUACUGUUGUGAUCAAUUUGAUUACUGUUUCUGUGCAAGCUUUAGGACAUCAAUUGGUUGAUUUUAAGUACAACAUUUUGUUUCCUUCA